AUGGCAGCCAAAGAAUCCAAGAUCAAUAAUAUCGUCGUUGCUUCUGAAGACAGCCGAAGAAGCAAAGAAGAAGAUGAUGAAAAUGAAACAAGAAUCGAUUUGGGCAUUUCAUUUGAUAAAAUUAUCCUUCGUCCCAAAAAGAAACUGCUUGUGCUUCCUCUCCGCGGCUUCAUCGUUCACCGAGCCCAUCUUGGCAGUCGGACCAUUCCCAAUAACCGCCUCCCUGAUUUCUCUUACGAAGAUUAUCUGGUUUACAAGAGGCCUUACUGUGAAGAUUUCUUGAAGUUCUGUUUUGAAAGAUUUGAAGUGGGACUAUGGUCUUCAUCUAUCGAGGAUAACUUAGAAAACAUUCUGACCAAUAUUGUCGGAGAACUCAAAAGCAAGUUCUUGUUCACUUGGGAUCAAAAUCAAUGCACUAAGACAGAGUUCAUGUUUUUGGAGAACAAAAAGCAGCCGGUGUUGUUAAAAGAACUUAAACAGCUAUGGAAGAACAGGGACUCGAGUCUUCCCUGGUAUGAAGGAGAAUACUCAUCUUCUAACACGUUGCUGAUCACUGAUCCUGUGAAGGCUCUAGCAAAUCCUCCCAACACUGCCAUCUUCCCCGAGAAGUACGAUGCUGAGAAUAUGGACGAUGAUUUUUUAGGUCGGGAUGGAGAGUUACGAGUAUUUUUGGAUGGAGUUGCAGAAGCUGAAGAUGUGCAAAGUUAUGUGGAAGAUCAUCCAUUUGGGGAGCCUGCUGUAUCACCUUCACAUUCUGAUUGGGACUAUUAUUCGGAGAUACUUUAUUGUUAUGAGUAUGAAGAAACUGUCGUCGUCGAUAAGAAUUGGGACUACUAUUCUAAAGUAAUGCUUUCCUUUGGGAGGAAUUGA